AUGUAAUAAUUAUAAGAAGAUUUCUAAUAAAAUUUAAAUAGACCACAAACUAAAUACUCUUUGAAUAAAAUACUUUCAUGCUUUAGUAAGUUAUUGAUAUUUUUUUGCUACUUAUUAAUUUCCCUUUUACUUUAUUCUUUCAUAUUUGACACAACUAUGCAAUACCAUUUAGUUUAUUCUAAUUAUUGUCUAACAAUUAUAAUCCUUCUUAUAGAGUUAAUAUUAAGUAAAUAUAUUUUCAUUUUAGGUUUUAAUGUCAUCAUAAAUUACACCUUUGUAAUUUUUUUUUCUCCAGGUACUACUUAAGAAUACUUUAAACCUAUCUAAAAUGACACAGAAAAUAAUGAAAAUUAAGGGGAAAUUGAUGGAAAUCCAAGCCAAAGAUAUUUAAAAUUUAAUUACACUCCAAAAUUAGAGGCGAACACUACAAACCAAUCUUAAAUUUUAGAUUAAUCAACUUUAGGAUUUUGUCAUUUUUGUUAGUUACCAAAACCAAAAAGAGCUCAUCAUUGUAGUAUUUGUAAAAAAUGCAUAUUAAAAAUGGAUCACCAUUGCCCAUGGGUUAAUAAUUGUGUUGGUCACUAAAAUCAUAGAUAUUUUAUCCUGUUUCUCACAUAUAUAUUUUUAGGUACUUCAUUUGCUACUUUAUUAAAUUUAAAUAUUAUUUAUUCCUCUGAUUUUUAUGUUUAUAAAAAUUAGAGAAGUUUUUUAUUUUCCACAUUAUGGAUUGUUCAACUUGCAUUAUGUUUGACAAUGGCAAGUUUUGGAGGGUGGAAUUGGUUUUUAAUUUUAAAAGGCUACACAGCAAUUGAAUUUAUGAAUAGAAAUACAAAAACUACUUAUGAGAAAGCAGAAAUAAUAGAAAAUUUAAAAUAAGUAUUUGGCAAUUUCAAAUAUUUUUAUUAAAUUUUCCUGCCAAGUUUUAGACAAUUACCUUCUAAUGGAGUGAUUUGGAAUUAGGUGGAUAAAGAUUUAUAGAAAAUAAAUAUUGGAGUUGAUUGA